AUGUCAGUUCUAAGCUUAUCCAUCUUCCCCCAUUUUUCUUCCAAUCAAAUCCUUCUUCUCCUUCCUCUCCCACUGUAGAUUUCUACCUGAAAAACGCCAUGGAUGUAGCCCCGGAAGAGCUUCAAUUCUUAACCAUUCCAGAGAUUCUCAGAGAAUCCAUUAUCAUCCCUAAGCUCUCUCCCAAGACCUUCUACCUCAUCACUCUCACCCUCAUCUUCCCCCUUUCCUUCGCCAUUCUCGCCCACUCCCUCUUCACCCACCCCCUUCUCCUCCACAUCCAAAACCCUUCCGCCGAUCCCCUUCAAACCCGCCAUAGAUGGGCCAAGCUCCUCUCCUUUCAAUUCUCCUACCUUAUAUUCCUCUUCGCUUUCUCCCUUCUCUCCACCGCCGCCGUCGUCUUCACCGUCGCCUCUCUCUACACUUCCAAAUCCGUCUCCUAUUCCGCCACUCUCUCCGCCAUUCCCAAAGUCUUCAAACGCCUCUUCAUCACUUUCAUCUGGGUUUCUCUCCUCAUGAUUCUCUAUAACUCCAUUUUCUUCGCCUUCUUGCUACUCCUCCUCCUCGCAAUCGAUACCCACAAUUACCUUUUGUUCUUCUUCUGCAUUUUCGUUAUCGUCAUCCUGUUUCUUGUUGUUCAUGUUUACAUCACCGCCUUGUGGCAUUUGGCCAGCGUUGUGUCUGUGCUUGAACCGAUUUAUGGAUUUGCCGCCAUGAAAAAGAGCUAUGAAUUGCUUAAGGGGAAAACCCGAUUGGCGGCGGUGCUUGUUUUUGCUUAUUUUGCGAUUUGUGCUACAAUUAGUGUCAUAUUUGGGGCUGUGGUGGUGCGUAAUAGGGUUGGAUAUGGGGUUUUUGUGAGGAUUAUUGUUGGUGGGUUUUUGGUUGGCGUUUUGGUGAUUGUAAACUUGGUGGGAUUGCUGGUUCAGAGUGUUUUUUACUAUGUCUGCAAGAGCGUCCACCAUCAGGGCAUUGAUAUGCUUGAUUUGGUUGAUCAUUUGGGUGGAUAUCUUGGUGAGUAUGUGCCUCUUAAAAGUAGCAUUCAAAUGGAAAAUUUAGAUGCAUGAGGUAGGGGAAGGGAAAGGAAAGGAAAGGAAAACUCAAUUUGUUUUCUAAUGGUUUAGGGGAUAUGAAACGAGCUGUUGUACAAAGAAGAACAUUUAAACCUUUUUGUUCUGAAUCUUGUACAUAGUCAAGAUCAGUCAUGUCUGUAUAUCUGAUUGGUGGUGAGGUUUUACUGUAAUGUUCUAUUGAUUGUCAUAUGUUGAUGGAGAAGUUCUGUUGUUUUUGUUA